ACAGUUAUUAAAACAGUUUUAAUUGCAAUAAGAAAUAAGAAUGAUACACAAAUGAUCAUUAAAAAGUGUGAUAAAGACAUCAUUGACUUGGAAAUACUAACUAAACUUGGAAUAGUAAGGGUAUUACCAGUGCAAGAGCUCUUGGAUUAUUAA